GUUCUUUGCACUACACGCCCGCGCGGCGGCCACUGUGGGAUGACUGAGGCGACACCGGCCAUCGGCUUCACACGUUGACACAGAGGGCCGGCGCGAUGGACGGCUGCUACGUGCCCAACAACCCGCAGUUCGGCCUGCCGGAGGCGGCGGCCUGGGGGCUCGACGACAUGGGCUCCUUCUCGCUGCCCGCGCUAGACCUCGACCCGCUGCCCAGUCUGCUGCCGUUCAGCCCCGCCGCCUACAAGACGGAGAAGCAGCCGCACGACAUGGCGGACGUGCUGCUGUCGCUGAAGCACGCCGUGGUGCACCCUGGCCAGGUGGGCGGCGGCCCGCUGUCGCCCGGGCUGCCCGCACAGCCCACCUCCACCGCCUCCGCCGCCGCCGCCUACCAGGGCGCCAGUCUCUCCUACACCGUACACCCACACCAGGAAGCGUUUGACAGGUGCUGCCUGUUUUCACCGUCCGAUGCAAGCUUUUCCUGCCGCCAGAUGCUGUCGCCCGGCGGCGGCUACGGCGGCUCUCAGUUCUGCGAGCAGAACGGCUUCUGCCAGGCCACGCCAGCGCCGCAGCAGCACAACAUGUUCCCCAGCAUGAGCGUCAACGUCUCCAUGAACAUGACCAUGCACGGCUACCCGCCGCCCGACAACAUGGGCUGUUCACAGAUGCAGUGGGCGCCCGGCCCGACGGCGUCGCCGGUUUACCCGAUGCAGACCGCGCAGGCGCAGGCGUUGCUGAGUCCGCAAGGCUACGGCGGGGGCGCCACCUACUCCUUCACGGCCGACUUCCGACCGCCGACCCAGCAGCAGCAGCCGCAGGUCCCCGCUGCCGCACCCACCCAGCCCACGCACCAGGUGGUGGGAGCGGCGCCGACGCUGCCGGUGCUGACGGCCGACAUGGCGUCGCCGGCGUCGCGGGCGUCGGUGGGCGUGGCCCCGCGCGCCUCCCCUCGCCGCUUCCCGCCCCCGCCGGGCAAGAUGGCCGCAACCAUGACGCUGUCCGCCUCUGUAUCCCCUCCGCCGCCUCCGCCGACCCACGUUCUGGAUGAGUCGCAGCGGCCGAACCUGUGCCGCAUCUGUGGCAAGACGUACGCGCGGCCGAGCACGCUGAAGACGCACCUGCGCACGCACUCCGGGGAGAAGCCGUACCGCUGCGGCGACUGCCACAAGUCGUUCAGCCAGGCGGCCAACCUGACGGCGCACGUGCGCACGCACUCGGGCGAGAAGCCGUUCCGCUGCGCCAUCUGCGACCGCCGCUUCUCGCAGUCGUCCUCCGUCACCACGCACAUGCGCACGCACUCUGGCGAGCGGCCGUACCGCUGCCGCCUCUGCCGCAAGGCCUUCUCCGACUCGAGCACGCUCACCAAGCACCUGCGGAUACACUCCGGCGAGAAGCCUUACCAGUGCAAGCUGUGCCUGCUGCGCUUCUCGCAGUCCGGCAACCUCAACCGCCACAUGAGGGUCCACGGCGGGGGCGGCGGCGGCGGGGGCGGCGGCGGGGGCGGCAUCGCGGCCGGCGCCGGUGGGGGCGGCGUGCCUGCCUGA